CGUCAUUGAAAAAGCUCACUUUUGCCCGAAAAACAAGUGUUGUCAACAUCGCGCUUGCUGCGAUAAGUUCCGAAAAAAUUCAACCGUGCUGUUGAACCCGCGUUGCCGGAAUCGAAUCGUCCCCGGCCCGAAUGUCCCACGAUGGAGCAGGUGCUGUGCCGGCUGUGUUUGGCCCCGUCCAACUCAACGGUGGCCCUGUUUGACGACGAUUCCAUGCAACCGAACGUGCUGCUCAUCCAGAAGGUGAUCGAGUGUACGAGUAUUCGGCUUUCCGCCGAGGAGGACUACCCGUCGUCGGUUUGCUGCGAGUGCGAGCGAAAGUUGAACGAGUGGUCGACGUUUAAGAUCCAGUGCAUCGUGAACAACGACUUUUACCGGCAGAAGCAACGGGAACUGCGCCGGAGGUUGGUGGCCGCCCAGCAGCAGCAGCACCAGAAGCAGCAACCGAGGCCACCGAAAUCACCGGAGGUUGUUUGUCUGGACGACGACGAGGAAACGGUUCCGGUUAAGGCUCCGCCCACGACGAAGGUUGAGCAAGUUCCCAAAAGGAAGGAAUCCCCGGCCAAACGCGCCAAGGUCGUGGCAGAGGUGGUCAUUGAGGACGACGAUGACGAAGAGAAGGACCAACACUUGACCAACGAGGACGGACUGCUGCUGGAAGACGACGAGGAGGCGCUCCUUAACGAUUACCAGCUUGUCGAAGGCCAGGAAUACCCGUCGGAACCGGACUACGAAUCGCUCGCGGACCAGCAAUCCGCAGACCAUUACGAAAGCAGCACUGCCAUUUUGUCCUCGAUCCUGCUGGACGACGACGACGACGACGACGAUGAUGAGUACGAGGGCAACCGCCAGAACCCUGGCUCGGGGGGACCGUUCCAGUGUUGGCAGUGCCGCCGCGGCUACUCGUCCCUGACCAAGCUGCGGAUGCACGAAAAGCUGCACUCCGAGCGGAUGAAGUGCUUCGUGUGUGGGAAAAUGAUCGUGCUCCAGCUGGUGCGCCACAUGCGCUCGCAACAUCCCGGACAGAUGUUCCCCGAACCGGUGCGCUGCUGGCACUCCAAGUGCGCCAACUCGCCGGAAGUUUACUACACCGUGGACCAGCUGCUGGAGCACAUGGAUUCGAAGAAACGCAAGUGACUUAAACUAUACAGGAAAAAGCAAUUAAUUUUAGCUAC